AUGAUACUCGACGGUUUCGCCCUUGUCACCGGAGCAGGCAGCGGCAUCAGCCGUGACAUCGCUCUGGCCUACGCAGCUUCCGGAGCAGCAGGUGUCGCCUUCGCCGACAUCGAUCUCAAAAACGCAGAACGAGUCUCAGCCGAGAGCAAGGCCGUCGCAACCAACCCAGACUUCCGGGCCCUCGUCCUCCCAGUGGACGUUUCUCUCGAGCAGAGUGUGGAACAGAUGAUGUCCGAGGUGGUGGCCUCGUUUGGCAGGAUAGACUAUGCAGUGAACAGCGCCGGGAUUGGAGUCCAACAUCCCGCAGAGGUAUCCGAAACAAGCCUGAGCAAAUUCGACGCCUUCUUCAGCGUCAAUGUCAGAGGCACAGUCAUUUUCACCAAAGUCGUGAGCCGUGCUAUGAAACUUCAGACCAGGAAGACUAUCUCAGGCCGCAAUGGAACU